AUGACUACAAAGAAACCAGCAAACUACAAAGGAAAGAUCUUAUUUCUUCAUGGAUACACUCAAUCAGCAUCAUUAUUCUAUGCUAAAACAUCAGCAUUAAGAAAGAAAUUAAUGAAACUUGGGUAUAAAUGCGUAUAUUUGAAUGGACCCUACGUUUUAACACCAGCAGAUUUACCAUCAACUGAUUCAUUAUCAAAAUUUGGAUCUUCUACAAAGACAGAUGAAAUGACUUACCGUGCUUGGUGGGUUAAAAAAGAUGCAACCAAUGAUAAUAUUGAUGUUGAUGACUCUAUUGAAACCAUUAAGAAAUAUAUCAACAACGGAGAGAUCAUUCCAGAUGAGGAUAUGAAAAUGGAACCAGAAACAGAGGAAGAAAGAAAAUUACCUAUUGUUGGAAUAAUUGGUUUUUCACAAGGUGCUGCAUUUGGAGGGUUGAUUGCUCAUAAGUUCCAUGAAUUAUUUGAAACUGAACCUUUGAAAUUUGUUGUUUUAUAUUCGGGAUUUAAAUUAGACACAUCUAAAAAGGCAGGAAACAAUAAAUACGAUUCUCAUUAUCCACAAACUGAAGAAGAAGUUGUCAAUAGCCAUUUUAAAUAUCUUCAUGUUUAUGGAGAAUUAGAUACAGUGGUGGAAGAAGCAAGAGCUUAUACAUUGUACGACUUGACUAAAUCAUCCUCAGAACUUUUGAAACAUCCAGGUGGUCAUUUCGUUCCUAAUUCUAAAUUAUACGUCGAUCAAGUUACAAAUUGGAUCCAAGUUAAUUUGGAAAAUAAAGAAGAGUCAAAGCCAAAGGCUGAAGAGAAAAAGGAUGAUAUAGAUUCUUUGUUGGAGAUGAUGGAUAAUUUUGGUAAAGCUUAA